CAAAUUACUUUUCCUCUUGCUACAUCCAAUGAGAUUACUGAGUUGUUUCCUGCAAUCAUCCAGCCACAUUCUGCACAUCUCCUUCUUUUUCUUGCUCUCUUCGUUGAAGGUGUUCGAGUUGGACAAAAAGAACUUCAUCAGCGGGAACAUAGACUGUAGUUCAUCCACACUUUUGGAACAUUGAGGGCAGUUUUGAGUGAUAGAUUUUGGUUCAAUGAAUACUUUCCUACAUGUAAAGCACCAUUUUAACUUCUUAGAUUUGUGUAUCUUCUGGAAGGAAUCUAUCUCUUUUAAGCAUUUGAAUCAGUUCCUAAACUCUAGUUUAAGACUCUGUUCAAAGUGCCAAGGUUCUAUCUCUUGCUUGCAGUCAGGCUCGAAGCACUCAAUUAUGUGUUUGCCGUUUAUGAUGUUCUGAGUGACUUUGGAUAAUAAACAACCUCGAUGUAUGCAAUGGCCACAUUUCAGAUUGAUCCUCUGUUUCUUUGAGGUGUAACAGAUCAUGCAAGAACCCUUGGAUUUAGUCAAUGCAAAAUUUGGGGUCAUCUUCGACUUUUUCAUUGGAGUAUACAUUGGGGAUGUCUCUUCCAUACUUUUAGAUCAAUUUGAAUCGCUAUUGAUCUGGCUAUUCGAGUCGUUGUAUCAUGAAUUAUCUUUCUCUUCUGCUUGUAAAUUCUCUAUUCUUGGGAUUUUUGAUUUAGUCAGCUUCUUUCUAUUUUUCCUUGAUCUUCCUCUUCUUUUUCAUUUCAUUAGAUGGACUCUCUUCUGCAGUAGGCUCUGUUUGUUCUUGCCCCAUUUGGGAAUAGCUCUGGGAAGCUUUAUCUAAGAAAUCUAUGGGUAUUCAUUUCAGUGGUUCGGGUUUCCCAAGCUUCAUCUGAUGAUUUUUCUCACAUUCGUCCUUAGCUUUUAUAAGCUUAGCUAAAUGAUCUAGCAUUUGGAAAGCUUUGCUAGUUUCCAUUGUAGAAAAUGCUCCAAGCACAAAGCCAUCUGAGAAUUGAGAGUUCUUCAUGAACUCUACAAUAUUAUCCAUUCUCAAAAAUAUUCUGAAGUGUUGUAAA